UCUUUACCCUUUCAAUUUUCUCUCCAACUGACCACUACGCUUCGCCGGCAAAAUGCCAUUAUUUCUUAUUCAUUUUCUCUAAUUCAGUCUUCCUGUACCUUUGAAUUCAUACAAAACCCCGUUUCUCCGAUGGCACUUCUCAUCCACCCCCCCGAUAUCUCGGCCGUGAAAAUUCUCUUUAACCCUAAUCCAAACCUUAAAAUUAUUAAGAGUCUCUCAGUGUUCAGGAAUGAUGAGAGGAUUGGAUUUAGGGCUAGGGCUGUAUCUGGUGGUAGGAUUGGUGUUAAAGGCUGUGAGGUUAGGGUUUCGCAGUUGAAUCAAAGCAUGAAUCUGUACGGCCAAUUCUCGGUUCCAGUGAAGCAAGAACCAAAACAGAGCCAAGAGGAAGAGGAGAAGCAAAAUUACUAUGUCAACAUGGGCUAUGCGAUAAGGACUUUGAGAGAGGGGUUUCCCGAGCUUUUUCUCAAGGAGCUCAGUUUUGAUAUCUACAGGGACGACAUUGUAUUUAAAGAUCCACUCAAUACUAUUGUGGGCAUUGACAACUAUAAAUCAGUCUUCUGGGCACUGCGAUUCCAUGGGAAGAUAUUUUUCAAGGCCUUGUGGGUUGAAGUUAUCAGCGUGUGGCAACCUAUGGGGAAUGUUAUAAUGGUCCGCUGGACUGUGCACGGCAUUCCUCGAGUCCCAUGGGAGAGUCGUGCACGGUUUGAUGGCAUAUCAGAAUACAAACUUGACAGGCAUGGAAAGAUCUUUCAGCAUCGAGUUGACAAUGUUGCUUUCCAUUCACCUCCAAAGUUUCGAGUGCUGGCCGUGGAGGAAUUACUCCAAUCUAUUGGUUGUUCCUCUACCCCAAAACCAACUUACUUUGAGGCGUCAUCUUUGCCUUCCAAGAGGAAAUUGAGUUCCUAAAUUAGUUUUCAAAUUUUGGUAUGUGGUGGAGUAAAUAUUGAGCAUAAGCUUGGUCAACUUUGCAUUGUAUAAAAACUCAGCUUUAACCCGAGUUGGCUUAGGGGGGCUAGUUUGAUUUGUAUAUGGAUGUGCUGGCCAGUUGUUAUUUUUGCCUGGUUACGGGACACGGUUGUAUAAGAUUGUAUAAAUCUUGUAUAUAUACGAGUUAUAACGGGGUAAGCUAUGCCUGGUGUUUAGAUGGAUAAGAUUUCUCAAUUUCGUUU